AUGGCUGGCCACCAGCCGCCAGAAGAAAGGGAUGGCCGUUCCUUUGCUACCGUCCUUCAGCAUCAGCCGGCGCCAUCCCCUUGCAAGAUCAAACCUGCUGCUCAGUUUAAAGGAGAACCAGCCGUCAUGUUCUCGGAGGAGGGCAUUACAAAGCUGGCCGCAGCCUUUAGAUUCGUGGUUGUGGGGAAGUUCUCCCACGGAAGGCCGAACCUUGAUAAUAUUCGUAAGGCUUGCUCAACGAUAGGUUUCGCUUCCACUUUCACCAUUGGUCUUCUGGAUCAACGGCAUAUCCUCAUAAGAUUUUGUUUGGAAGAGGAUUAUCUGCAUUGUUGGACAAAGGGACUGUGGAACAUCUCUGGCUUUCCCGUGCGCACUUUUAAAUGGUCGCCAGAUUUUAAGGUUACCAGUGAAUCCACACAUGCACCUGUCUGGGUUGCUUUGGAACAUCUACCCAUUCAUUUUUUUGAUAAAGCAUCGCUGUUCUCCAUCCCUACUGCUAUUGGCAGCCCCCUGCAAGUUGAUGCUGCGACUGCAAGUCUGUCCCGACCCAGUGUUGCCCGUAUCUGCAAUGAUCUUGAUAUUUUCAAGGGGUUGCCGGUUCGCAUCUGGAAUGGAGCAGGCGUCCAUGGCUUCUGGCAGCGGGUAACGUACGAGAACCUACCAUCGUACUGUUCGACUUGCAACCACCAGGGACACUAUAGUCUGGACUGUCGGCAGCAUAGGCGGGAGAACAGGGGCUAUCCGACGGGAGGUGAGGUUGUCAGGGCUGUGGGUUCCCAGGCCCAGGAGGGGAGGAACGCGGCGGACGACCAGUGGCGGAGUGUUCCAGAAUCCGACCUCACUAUGGGCGACCUUUAUGAGGUCUCGCUAUAG